AUGUGGAACGACGAGGAUAACAACCCCUACGGCGCUUUCGACAACGAGGCCCAUCUGUCAGAUUCGCUCCAUUCCGCGGCUCUGUCUGGCCCUCUUUACGAUGAACACGAGUCUACUCCUCCGUCCCCCUCCAGUCACGCGUCUAGCCAGGAUCCGCCCGAUUUCCUGUCCCGCGAGAAUGAGCUUAGUGAUGAAGAGGAUGAGGGGGCAUACGGUGCUCAGCAGGCUGGCCCUGGGUUUCUCCGACGGAGUGUGUACGACAGUCGCAUAGAGCAGAUUCUCCAUGAGAACCCUGAGAUGCCUAUUCUCAUCACGGAUGCGGGGAAGAACCAUGAGGGUGGUGGGAGUUUCAUUGUGUACACGAUACGGACUGGGGACCUGGAAGUUCGUCGACGGUACUCGGAAUUCUCUUCUCUACGACAGAUGCUUGUCAACCUGCACCCGACUCUCAUUGUCCCGCCUAUCCCGGAGAAACAUACCAUGGCGGACUACGCUGCUAAACCGACCAAGGCCAAGGAGGACACGGCUAUCAUCGACCUCAGGAAGCGCAUGCUGGGUGUUUUCCUGAACCGUUGUCGUCGAAUGAAGGAGAUCCGGGAGGAUGGUGUGUGGUGGAGGUUCCUGGACCCCAACGUCAGCUGGAGUGAAGUCCUUAACUCGCCGCCCGCGUCGUCCGUGCCGAAGAAUUACUUACAAGCCCCUCCCCUCGAUCCCGCGAAUCCUACACCCGCCCAUUUCUGGCUACCGGUUCCUUCAGCCUCUUCGAAAUUGAAGUCUGCUGGCGGCUCCGGUCCGUCCAGUACAUCUCCCACUGAUAAUGCAUCGCAACCUACGGGCGCACCCGGUCCCGAUAUCCUGGGACGUUUCCCACCGGAGUCACGCAAGUUAAGCGAGAAGGAAUUGGACCCAUACUUUAUCAAUUUCGAGGCAUCUACGCGCGAGCUGGAAUUGCUCCUGCAGGGAAAUAUCGAAAAGGUGAACCGACGGACACUGGCACAUCUAUCAUCGUUGUCUGCGGAUUUGAUGGAGUUGGGAGCCCGCUACAAUGGCUUCUCCCUGUCUGAACAAUCCCCGACCGUGGCAGCAGCGAUCGAACGCGUAGGCCAGGCUGCGGAUACAUCCUAUAUCGAAACAGAAGAACUUUCGACGUCACUGAGCGCAAAUUUCGCUGAGCCCAUGCGGGAGACCUCCCAGUUUGCCAGUGUGGUCCGUGGUGUCUUGCGUUACAGGGUCCUCAAACGAGUGCAACAGGAGAUGACCCUUGACGAGUUGGCAAAGAAGAGGACACUGUUACAGUCUCUGGAGCGAAGUGAACAAGAGGCACAACGAAUUGAUCAAUUCCUUCACCGUUCGCAAUCCUCAGCCGUAGGCAGCAGCACAUCGGCUCCCUCGUCGGCUCCAAGCUCUACUCCCGCUGAUGUAAUUGACAGUGGCGACGGACGGCCCAGCAGCAGCAGCAGUGCCGCAGGAGACAAUGGCGCUGGUGGAGGAGCCGGUGGAGAAGACACGGCAUCAAUUGAUUCUGAUUUCCCACCUACCCAUGGGGAGUCGAUCGGGGCCACACCGGGGGCGUCGCAAGGGACAACAGCGAGACGACAAGAAUAUAUGGCUCUGCCAUCUACGACACCGGCGCACCGCAAAACGUCCAGCGGAACAUUUGUGGCAAAUAAAAUCUUCGGACGGAUCAGUCACGCGGUUCACGGAUUUGUAGACGUUGAUCCGGAGCGAACACGCCGGGACCAGAUAGGAAAGACUAAGGAGAGCUUAUCGCAGUUGGAGCAAGCACUGGAGGUUUCGGAGAAGGAUGUGAAGGAUGCGAGCACAGGGGUAUUACAGGAUCUUAAGCGGUUCCAGAGGGACAAAGAAGCGGAUUUGCGACGAUACAUGGUGGCCUACGCGCGGUGUCAUCUCGACUGGUCGCGGAAGAAUCUGGAGACAUGGACCGAAGCCAAGGACGAGGUGGACAAGAUCGUCGCGCGAUAG